GAUCCGACUCAUCACUCGAGCUCAACUGAAGUGGGUGUGUUUUGUGUUGCUGCUGUUGACAAGUUUGUACGAGGCCUACGGUUGGGUAGGCCUAGGCUAGGAAUAUAGUAGAAUCAUGGAUUUCUAUCAGAUUUUGUCCGUGUUGGCUUGCUUAAUUUUAAUCAUAGUAUCUUUUUGUUUUGUUUCAAGUACUUUUAAGUUUUACGUGAAAAACAUUUUACUACUUUUCUGGCAUGGAUACAUUGCUGUUUUCGUUGCAAUUGCAUCUUUACCAAACCCCGGAGACCAGUCUAACAUGAGGUUUUGGCGUAUUUUUGUUGAUUUUUUUCGUACACACUGGAUGUUUGGGAUUGAUGUCAAUGUUGAAAAUGGUGGUGUACUUGAGACGGACAAAGCGUGUGUUGUUGUAAGCAACCACCAGGAUACAAUGGAUAUUGCAGCCUCCGCAGCAUUCUGGCCACCCCGAUGCACGAUUGUGGCAAAGAAAUCUCUACAGUACGCCUUUACAUUCGGUAUAGCUAGCACUUUGGCUGGAGCCGUGUUUGUGAACCGACGCCGAGACCCGGAAGAAGCACGCAAGAAUGUAGCCAGAUGUGUAAAGCUCCUGAAAUAUCAUGAUGUAAAAAUUUGGAUGUAUCCUGAAGGAACAAGGUCGGGAAAUAACCAGAUUGACAUGCUGCCAUUCAAGAAAGGGGCAUUCCACAUGGCCAUACAAGCUCAGGUUCCAAUAGUUCCAGUUGUCUUUUCAUACUAUAAACAUCAGUACAAUACUCAGCUUCGCAUAUUUGAUAAAGUGAAGAUUACGGCGAGAGUGAUGGAGCCAUUACCCACAAAGGGAAUGACAGAAGAUGAUGUUGAUAGCCUAUUAGACACGUGUCGGAACAGAAUGCUGAAGACAUUUUACAAGAUAUCCACGUACCUACCACCAACAGUACAAUCAAGCAACAACUUGGAGGUUAAACAGAGUAAAGAAAAGAUAGAGCAAAAUCAAAAUGAACUGUCAAGAAGUGAUGAAAUGAUUGACCGUUCAACAGCAGAGGACGACGAUAGGAGAAACUUUUGUGAAAGUGGCUAAUACUAAUUCUAACAGUUAAAACUUCUAGAAUAAAAUAUGAGUACAAAUCAUGCCUUAUUUACUAUUCAUCUUACAUGUCAUCAAUUGUUUUUCAUCAUUUUGACAAAAAUACAAAACAUAUGCAUCAGUUUGUUGGAGGGAAAAUAUCCUAAUGUCCACACACUACAUUUUUCAUAAAGCUCUUUCCAGAUUAUCAAAGUUUCCUUGAAAAAAAACUUAUGUAUCCCCAUAUAUAGUCAUGAUAUGCCUAUAUAUAGUCAUGAUAUGCCUAUAUUGUACAGGUGACCACUCCUGUACAUAUCCUACUACCACAGUGAAAAGAAAAAUUUAUAUUAUCCAUUUAAUUGCUGCCAAAUUGUGAUACUACGUUUGUUUAUUAAAAGAAAAUCUCUUACUCCUUUCAAAAGUUUUAAAGGAUAGUUUAAGCCAGGUUUUAGUUACAUUUCAGUUACCCACUAGUAGUUAAAGGUGUUAUUCAAGGGUGUUAAUCCAGGUAUUUUUGGUUAUAAGGCUACUUUAGAGUGUAGUACAGUUAUUUCAUUUGAAGUGGUUAAAUUUUAUUGAACACCGAAUUAUGAAUAAUCUUUACAAUCUAUGAAUCAUGAUAUUGAAAAUUGAAACAAGAAGAUGUUAUGUGAAUAUUUAUUAUUAUUAUAUAUAUUUUUACUGAAAUUAAUUAUGUGUAAAUCAUUUGUAAAGGUAUCCAGGUAUUACAUUGCAAUAAGGUAUGUUAUACGUGAAGAUGUGGUUUCUGUGUGUAUGUAUUGUGGCCAAAAAAUGUUUUUUUUACAAAAAGGAUUGUGCCUGUUCUUUUGGGUUUAACACGCAUCAAAAAUUGGUGAUAUAGCUUAGUGAUUAAGGUAUUCAUCUUCCAGUACCAUGGUCCUGGGUUCAAAUCCUGGAUUUUUCUCACUUCCUUCUGGGGUAGAUGCAGGAUUAGGUGGUGCGUGAGAGUUCACACCACAUUAGCCCAACCAUGGUUGGGGGGGGGGGGUGAGGUGUGAAGAUUUUGAGAAUAAGGACCUCUGGGGUCCUGGAAAUUGCACUCUCACCUUAAAAACCUUACCGAUAAUUCAUAUCAAUAAUACAAUAAAACAAUUAUUUUUGUUAAUACAAUUUGGGGGGGGGAGGGUGUGGAAUUGCACCAUCUGCACCCCCUGCAUCUGUCCCGGUCCUUUAAGCCUCAGAAUGAGAGCUUCAUAUUCAAUUGUCUUGAAGCCAAAGAGAUUGACGUUAUUACACAGUGAUAAGUUCAUUGGUUAUCCUUUGCCCAACUUCCUAAAAAAUAAACUAAUCAAUCUCUGUUCACACUAUCAUAUUUUCUUUGACAAAAAAACUGUUGCAUGCCCAUAUAUAGUCAUGAUGUGCCUAUAUAUGGUCAUGUUGUGAUGUCAUCAUGACCAUAUAUAGUCAUGAUGUGCCUAUGUAUGGUCAUGAUGUGAUGUCAUCAUGACCAUAUUUAGGCAUGUCACUCGUUUUUGUCAAAUAAAAUUGGAUAGUCUGGACAGGGCUUCACUUUUGGAAGUAAAAGGGGUCCUAAAAUGGUUAGGGGAGGGUUAAAAAUGAGAAAGUGGUGUUAACCUAAAGUGCCUCUACUUUUAUACAUCAUUUGAGGCAUGUUGUGGCAAAAUGGUUAAGUUUUUAAUUGAAAUUCAAGUUAUUGGUAUUUUCAGAUACCUGAUUAUGUGAUCUUUAAAAUGAGGGGGUCAUUCAUUGAAAUUGUACAUUUCAA